AUGGAGUCAAGCUCAGGAGUCAUGCCUGGUCACUUUGGUAAGUUCAACCAGACACUGGUGACAGAGUUCAUUCUGCAGGGGUUUGCAGAGCACCCAGAGCUGCGGCUUCCCCUGCUUGGCUGCUUCUUCUUCCUCUACACCAUGGCCUUCAUGGGCAACACUCUGAUCAUCACCAUCAUCACCUGCAGCUCUGGCCUCCACAGCCCCAUGUACUUUUUCCUGUUGAACCUGGCCACCAUGGACAUCAUCUGCACUUCCUCUGUGCUGCCCAAGGUGCUGGCAGGCCUGGCCUUGGAGGGAAACACCAUCUCCUUUCAGGGGUGUAUGUCCCAGCUUUUCUUUCUUGCCUUGUCUCUGUCUUCUGAGCUGCUGCUACUCACAGUAAUGGCCUAUGACCGUUAUGUGGCCAUCUGCUGGCCACUGCAUUAUGGGACCCUGAUGAGUCUACGGGUCUGCCUGGUGCUAACUGUUGCAGUCUGGGCUGUCUGUGCCCUGGUAUUCUCCAUCCACACUGGUCUGAUGGCACAGCUGUCCUUCUGUGGCCCCAACAUCAUCACUCACUUCUUCUGUGAGAUCCCCCCACUUCUGCUGCUCUCCUGCAGUCCCACCUAUAUAAACAGCUUCAUGACUAUCUUGACUGAUGCCUUCUAUGGAUGCAUCAACUUCCUGCUCACCCUGGUGUCCUAUGGCUACAUUAUUUCCAGCAUCCUACACAUCCGCUCAGCUGAGGGGAAGUGGAAGGCCUUCUCCACCUGCUCCUCUCACCUCAUUGUGGUCUUUAUCUACUACUCAGCUGUGUUCUGUGCCUACAUCAGUCCAGCCUCUAGCUACAGACCUGAGAGAAACAAACUGGCUGGAGUGCUUUACACAACUGUGAGCCCCACCCUAAACCCACUCAUCUACACACUGAGGAACAAGGAGGUCAAGGCAGCCCUAGGGAAACUCUUCUCCUUUUGUAGACAUUAA